CUUUCUUCUAUAUAAUAAUAAUAUUAUGUGUGGUAUUUUUGCUUGUUAUAACUAUCAAGGCGAUAUUGAUGCUUUCCGUCAACGUGCUUUAUAUCUUUCAAAAAAAAUUAGACAUCGUGGUCCUGAUUGGUCUGGUUGUAUGAUUUCUGGAAAUACUAUUUUUGCUCAUGAACGUCUUGCUAUUGUUGGUGUUGAUACUGGUGCUCAACCUUUAACAAGUGAUGAUGAUAACCUUAUUCUCUGUGUCAAUGGUGAAAUCUACAACCAUAAACAAUUACGUGCCAACUUGAAAAACAAAUAUGAAUUCAAAACUCAUUCUGAUUGUGAAGUCAUUAUGCCCAUGUAUAAAGAAAUGGAUAAGGAUUUAGUUCAACAAUUGGAUGGUAUGUUUUCAUUCGUACUUUUAGAUAAGAAACGUAAUAGAAUCAUUGCUGCUCGUGAUCCUAUUGGUAUUACUACUCUUUAUUAUGGUUGGGACUCUAAAAUGCCUGGUACUGUUUACUUUGCUUCUGAAUUGAAAUCUUUGAAUGAAGAUUGUGAUAAGAUUUUGGCUUUCCCUCCUGGUCAUAUCUAUGAUUCUGAUUCUGGUGAAACAACGCGUUGGUUUAACCCUACUUGGUGGGAUGAAUCUCGUGUACCCACUCAUCCUGCUGAUCUCAAAUUAUUACGUGAAUCUUUAGAAACUGCUGUUCGUAAACGAUUGAUGGCUGAAGUGCCUUAUGGUGUCUUAUUAUCCGGUGGUUUGGAUUCUUCUUUGAUUGCUGCUAUUGCUGCUCGUGAAACUGAAAAGAUUGCUGCUGCUGGCUAUACUGAAGGUGAAUCUACUCUAUGGCCUCGUCUUCAUUCUUUUUCCAUUGGUCUUCCUGGUUCUCCUGAUUUGAUUGCUGCUCGUGAUGUUGCCAAACACCUCAAGACUAUUCAUCAUGAAUUCACUUUUACUAUUCAAGAAGCAUUAGAUGCUGUUAGUGAUGUGAUCUAUCAUUUGGAAACUUAUGAUGUAACUACUAUCCGUGCUUCCACUCCUAUGUAUUUAUUAUCUCGUAAAAUCAAGGCUACUGGUGUCAAGAUGGUACUUUCUGGUGAAGGUGCUGAUGAAGUGUUUGGUGGUUACUUAUAUUUCCAUUAUGCUCCCAACUCAGCUAGCUUCCAUGAGGAAACAGUGACUCGUGUCAAGAACUUGCAUACAUCCGAUUGUUUACGUGCCAACAAAUCUACAAUGGCUUGGGGUUUAGAAGCACGUGUACCAUUCUUGGAUAAACAAUUUUUGGAAGUGGCCAUGAACAUUGAUCCCAAGGAAAAGAUGCCAGAUCGUAGUCAAGGUCGUAUGGAAAAGUAUAUUGUGCGCAAGGCCUUUGAUACAUCGGAUGAUCCAUCUGCCAAACCUUAUUUACCCGACAAUGUAUUAUGGCGUCAAAAGGAACAAUUCUCAGAUGGUGUUGGAUAUAGUUGGAUUGAUACAUUGAAGGAAGUGUCUCUUACCAAGGUGACUGAUGAAGAAUUUGCUCAAGCUGGAUCAAGAUGGACCAAGGAUACACCUACUACCAAGGAAGCCUAUAUGUAUCGUGUGAUGUUUGAACAAUGGUUCCCUCAAGAAGCUUGUACUGCUAGUGUCGUACGAUGGAUUCCUAAAGCUGAAUGGGGUUGUCCUGAAGAUCCUUCUGGUCGUGCUCAAGGUGUACAUGAUGAUGCUUUGAAACAAUAGAUUUAGUUUUUUUAUGUAUAUAUAUAUAUAUUUUUUAAUACAUAUUUCCCAUCAUCAUCAUCAUUUUUUCUUAUUCACUUUUUGUUAGUAUUUAUCAUCCAUCAAAUGCAUACUUUUUAUAGUACCUAUAUAUAUAUAUAUAUAUAUAUAUCACCCCCAUCUUACUUCCUAUUUAUCAAAAUAGAAAGCGUUCAAAUU